UCCUUCCCACCCAUUUCGGCAUUUCUCCUCUCCCUCCCCGGUCCCGGCUUCCCUUCCUUUCUCUCUACCGCGCCACACCAAUCCGACCACCGCCAGCGGCUCUCCGGCGCGUACAACCUAGGGUUUUCUUGGCUUCCGUCCCAGGUUGUUGCCGUGCCAGCCAUCACAGGUUUCAUCUCCGUACCAUUUCUUGCCCAGGGCUGAACAAACUAACUCUCUCAACUGGUUACACCAACACAAAUGCAACGAGCUGCUCUACAAGUGCCUUGUUGAAGGCGCAUGUCAUAUAUUUGUAAGACCAAUUUAUAGACUCAUGGGCGACUGGGUUAUAGGAGCGUUGAUCAACAUUGUGGGCAGUGUUGCCAUCAAUUUCGGUACCAACCUUCUCAAAUUGGGCCAUGAUCAGAGAGAGAAGCUCUCCGCAAGUAACAGUAAUCAAGGCAAUGGCAAAUUCGUCCCGAAAUCAGUUAUGUAUUUCCAGACUUGGAGAAUAGGUAUACUCUUUUUCGCCGUGGGGAACUGCCUAAACUUCAUGUCCUUUGCAUAUGCUGCACAGUCACUUCUUGCAGCUCUUGGAUCAAUUCAGUUCGUAUCCAAUAUUGCAUUUGCGUACGUUGUGUUGAACAAGACUAUUACAGUGAAAGUCAUGGUAGCCACAGCUUUUAUUGUCUUUGGCAAUGUCUUCUUAGUUUCCUUCGGCAAUCAUCAAUCUCCUGUUUAUACUCCGGAGCAGUUGAUCGCGAAAUACAGCAAUUUGGUGUUUGUUCUGUAUUGCAUGUCAUUGGUCUUUGUUGUUGCAUUUAAUCAAUAUCUCUAUAGAAGUGGAGAAACAAUUCUUUCAGAUAAUGCAAAAAACACUGGCGCAUAUUGGCGAACGCUGCUACCUUUUUCUUAUGCUAUUGUAUCUGGUGCUAUUGGAUCUUGCUCCGUCUUGUUUGCGAAAUCAUUGUCAAACAUGUUGAGGCUCACGAUGAGCAGCAAAUACCAAUUCCACAGCUGGUUCACAUACUCUAUUCUUCUGUUAUUUCUCUGUACAGCUGGAUUUUGGAUGGCGAGACUUAAUGAGGGGCUGUCUCUGUUCGAUGCAAUACUGAUCGUCCCAAUGUUCCAAAUUGCAUGGACUUUCUUCUCUAUUUGUACAGGAUUUGUUUACUUUCAAGAGUAUCAAGUAUUUGAUACACUUAGGAUAAUGAUGUUCAUAUUGGGCAUGACAUUUGUCUUCAUAGGCAUAUCCUUGCUAGCACCUGAUGACAGCAAAGUAACUGAUAUCAAAGAUGGCUCCAGCGCUACGGAGGGCCCUACUAUUGAUUUGAACAGUGAAGCGCAUGCAUCAGGAAAUUGCAGGUCCAGAAAGUUGCAGAUGGAGGAGACAGAAGUAGAUGAUACAGACUCGUUCUCUUCGUCAGUAAAAGUGAAAGCAAAACGCAUAUUGUCUAGGGCUAAGUCGGCUUGCUCCAUGUCGCUUGGCCUCGGGGAGGAGACCAUCAGCGCUUCUUCGGUGCUUGCAAUGCCAAUGGUUUCCUCAAGAACUACAGGAUUUAGAGGAGCCGUGACUGACCGAUCAAAGUACAUACCCUUGCAGUCUGCCGAGUGGGAUAACCUAUAGCUGGUAAUGUUCCAUAGAUACACAGCACAGAUGUUUACCUUUUGAUGUUGCCAAGCGGAUGGCGGUAAAUUUUGGUUGCUUGCCAGGGCAAUUGUCCGUUGUGCGUUAUAGUACUAGUUAGCUGUAACACGAGUGUAUAGUUCCAGCAUUUCGCCUUGAAACAUUGUCCAUACUCCAUACCCGUGUUGUAAUUGUUGGUAACAGCUGCCUACACGAAACCUGUAUAAACACGCCAUGUUAGAAUAAACAUCAUUGAUUCAAUUCA